AUGAAAUUUAGCAAGAGCAAGUGCCAGAUUCUCCACCUGGGACAGGGUAAUCCCAGUUACACGUACAAAUUGGGGGACGAGAGGCUGGAGAGCAGCCCCGCAGAAAGAGAUCUGGGGGUCUGGGCUGACGGGAAGAAAGCUCGGACUUUCGAUCUCGAAGCCAUGUUUGAGCAAACGAGGAGAACGGCAGUGGAGAGGAGCAGGAAGGUGUUGGAGGCUCGUGAAAGAGAGAAGGAAGACCAGGCUGAAAAAGAGUUUAGAAGUCCACGCACUGAUUCAUCAGCUUCAGCAUCCAGCACAACAGGAGCUGGGUCCACAUCAACCCAAAGAGAGACAGCCUGUAGUGAAAGUGAAGAUAGCUCAGAUGAAGAGUUAACUGGUCCUUCCAUGCAAUCCCAGACUUCUGCUCAAGGUCCAGCUGAGGAUACUGAUGGUGAUGAUGAAGAUGAUGAAUUCAUUGGGCCACCACUUCCACCUGGCUUCAAGGAUAGUGACGACGAUAAUGACGAUGAUGCAGAGGAGGAGGAUAAUAACCCUGUCAAGAAAAUUCCAGAUUCUCAUGAAAUUACACUCCAACAUGGGACAAAAACAGUUUCUGCUUUGGGGUUGGAUCCUUCAGGUGCCCGUUUGAUAACUGGUGGCUACGACUAUGAUGUUAAAUUUUGGGAUUUUGCUGGAAUGGAUGCCUCUCUCCAAGCUUUUCGAUCACUCCAGCCUUGUGAAUGUCACCAAAUCAAAUCUUUACAGUAUAGCAGCACAGGAGAUGUCAUUCUCGUUGUCUCUGGUAACUCUCAGGCAAAAGUUCUUGACAGAGAUGGCUUCCCAGUAAUGGAAUGCAUAAAAGGAGACCAAUACAUUGUGGACAUGACAAACACAAAGGGUCACACAGCAAUGCUCAAUUCAGGCUGUUGGCAUCCAAAAAUAAAGGAAGAAUUUUUGACAUGUUCUAAUGAUGGAACUGUGAGGACAUGGGAUGUUAACAAUGAAAAAAAGCACAAAAGCGUAUUUAAACCACGAUCAGUUCAAGGUAAACGGGUGAUUCCUACAACUUGCACAUACAGCAGAGAUGGUAAACUUAUCGCAGCUGGCUGUCAAGAUGGCUCCAUCCAGAUCUGGGAUAGGAAUAUGAGCGUACACACGAAGUUCCACUGCAGGCAAGCCCAUGCUCCAGGCACCGACACUUCAUGCUUGACAUUUUCCUAUGACGGUACUGUCCUUGCCAGCCGGGGAGGAGAUGAUACUUUAAAGACAUGGGAUAUUAGACAAUUUAAAAAGCCUCUUAAUUCAGCGGAAAGACUGCCCAGCUUCUUUCCAAUGACAGAUUGUUGUUUCAGCCCAGAUGAUAAAAUACUCGUCACAGGCACCUCUGUUAAGAAAGGUGGUGGCAGUGGGAAGCUUUUUUUCUUUUUUCGGGAGACAUUCCAGAAGUUGUAUGAGAUUGAAGUUACAGAUGCGAGUGUUGUGCGUUGCCUUUGGCAUCCCAAGCUGAACCAGAUCAUGGUCGGUACAGGAAAUGGUUUGGCCAAAGUGUACUAUGAUCCUGUCAAAAGCCAGAGGGGAGCAAAAUUAUGCGUGGUCAAAACAAAACGAAAAGAGAGACAAGCAGAGACUCUUACACAGGAUUACAUUAUAACACCCCAUGCGCUUCCAAUGUUCCGUGAACCACGACAGCGAAGCACCAGGAAACAGCUGGAGAAAGAUAGGCUGGACCCCAUGAAGUCUCACAAACCUGAACCUCCAGUAGCAGGACCAGGUCGCGGUGGGCGUGUUGGAACUCAUGGAGGUACCUUGUCAUCAUAUAUAGUCAAGAAUAUUGCACUGGAUAAGACAGAUGAUAGCAACCCUCGAGAGGCUAUUUUACGUCACGCAAAGGAAGCGGAGGAGAAUCCAUACUGGGUUGCUCCGGCGUAUGCUAAAACACAGCCAAAAACAGUUUUUGCAGAAGUGGAACCAGAAGAUGAUGAAACAGACAAGCCAGAGUGGAAGAAACGUAAAAUUUGAAAAACUCGGUUUAAAGAAUAAUUUUAGAGCAUUUGAAACAAAGUGCAGCAUUUAUUUCUUUAUUUUGAGUAGUGGAUUAAAAUUUGAAAGCAAAAAUUACUUCAGUUCAUAAAACUUGCUGCAGUGUAAAAAGGAAUUGUUGUAUUACACUGGAUUGUAGUCCUACAUCUGAAUUU